UUUAUUCCUACGUGAGCAGACCCACUACACUUCUUGCAUAUAAACAGUGAAAAUUACAGUAUAAAGGACUUAUUAUUCCUUCGUUUGGAGUAACUCUGCUGCUGGCCAAAGCCCGGCUCAUUUUGCAAGGAAAGGGAGGACAUUCUCUGCAGGUAAUUCCACUGUUUCAAGAUUUUCUACUGGCAAAGACAGCCGGGGGCCCCAGAUCCCUACCCCCAAGGCCAAGCGAACACAGCUCUCUGCUCAGAUUCAAAAAAGCUGCAGACAUGGCUCCCUUUCCCCACAUGUGAAGUUCAGCCAAAACAGCACGUCAGGGACUCUGCCUUCUGAAUGCCCUCGGACACCUCAAUCCUGCCCUGGUCACACCCCACUGGGUUUUGUGAGAUUAUUUAGGAAGAUAAGUUUCCCUCACUGAAGGAAAGGGAAAUAGCAUGAAAGAAAACAAUGGCUCUCAAGGAGGAAUUUGUGGUUGACACAAAUGGGGAUGUUCUCUUAGGAACAUCAUGGAUCAUGGAAGAAGCCAACCCCCAGGUCAUUUAUUUCUCUGCCUGUUUACAUGCUAUAGUAAGAAGAUGUGUGUAAGUUUCCGGCAGUUCUACACUGAAAACUGAUGCUCUUCGAAAGGCACCCAUAUGCUCCAGACAUAGCAGGUUUCUUUCAGAUUUCACACGUUGGGAGUCUGUGCUGUCUUCUAAAUAGUACUUUGGUUUUGUCUUUUUGUUCAAGACAGCAAGCUUCCUCUAGGAUCAGAACUGCCUGCUGGCCUCCCUUGAUAAGCAGCCCACCUGCUCUCUUGGUAAAUCAGUUGUUUAAUAAUUAGCCUAACUCAUUGUUUAUCUAAGUGGCAAUCAUCACUGUAGUGAAAUAAUAUUUUAACUGCAGGUGAAGCAUUACCAGGUGAGCAUUAAGUAGCUGCCAAGUAGAAUCUACUGGCUGGGAAUGGCUGACAGAGUUGCACAUACUCAGAGGACAAGAUCACUCCAUCCUAGCUGACAGAUCUCCAUGUCUGAGAUGCCAUCAUUAGUUGCUGCAGCAAAAACCUAAGGAAAUGUGCCUAGGAGAAGUGUAUGGUCCCAAUCCUUUCAACUGAGGCUCAAUGGCCCAGCAAAAUAUGAAAGUGCGACCUGUGCUUCUAAAGCGUAACAGUCUAGAGUCAGUAGAGUUUGUGAAGCAGCCACACCACCGCAGGAGCAAAUCUCAGCAGGUACGAUUCAAAGAAGAUGGGACCAGUAAGACUCCACCUGGCCUUGCUGAGGUUGAUGUCCAAACUUCUGAGGACCUGGCUGUAAUGGGCAUGACUCAAGCACCCAGGCACCAUCACCUCCCCACUUACUCGCUCUCCUUCCCCAGGUCCCAGAAGGCAGGGGGCUUUAGGAACAUUGCAAUCCAAACCUCCCCUAGUCUCAGGAAGCAUUUCCCGGUUUUCAAGAGGAAGAGACUCACAACUAGCAAGUCCCUGGUGGAAAUGCCAACAACAUCCCAAAGUGCCAUCCAAGUCAAUGGCAACCUGUCUGAACAGGACAUUGUAUCCUCUGAUCUUGCCUACUUAAGGCUGGCUCAACAUCUUGAGGAUGGGCUUCAAAGGAUCAAGGUGCCCCAUCCAUUUCUCCCUAGAAUGUCCAAGGUGCAAAGCAAUGGGCCUGUUAGUAUAUGCUUGGAAGCAGGGACUUGGAGGACCUCAGAGAAAGCAACAGCUGCCAUUCAGGUACCAGAUGAUAUUUAUCACAGUCCAACCUGGGCAGCUAGCAAGUCCACUCUCAGCCCAGACAGGGCAGUGGAGAUAAGCAACUCCCAACACCAUUUGGUUGACAUGUGCCCAGGUGAUGGGAGAAGAGUGCCACUAUCAGAUUCAGAAAGUUUCCCCUCCUGCUCAAAUGCCACCAGCAGUGCCAACCUUAUGCUAGGUACAGGGGAACUUAAAUCCGAAUUGCUUUUGCCCAAAGACAACUCUGACAACAAAGAUCUUGGCCCACUGUCAUCUCAGUCAAAGGCAACACAUGUUCCCUCACCUCCACGGACUCCUAGCAACCCCUCACCUGGUUCCCACAGCCAGCCAGCCUGUCCAGGAGGGCCGUCAGAAUGUUCUUCAUCGAGUACCAACCAUCACUAUCUGCUGUCACUCAAAACUAACAGCGCAUCAAAAUCUACCCCCAUGAGUCCUGAGCAGACGGCAGUGAACCCUACCCAGUCGGACACCCCUAAGUUUCAAAACUGUCUGGGAAGCAAUCACCUCCCAUCUUGUCUUCCAAGGAGGGAGACCAGACUUCACAGCAACAGGGAGGUUGGGGGGAUUAAUCAAAAUCACCUGGCACGGGGUGAACUCUGUGACCUCCAAGGUAGGCUGCAAUCCGUGGAGGAAUCUCUGCACUCGAAUCAAGAGAAAAUUAAAGUCCUUUUGAAUGUAAUUCAAGACUUGGAGAAAGCUCGAGCUCUCACAGAAGGGCGCAACUUUUAUCGAACUGGCCAAGAUCUCAACAAUUGCAGUACCUGCCAGAACACUGCAUGCAUCAUAUACAGUGUAGAAUAUGAUUUUCGGCAGCAGGAAGGCAGGUUCCAUGAAGUUCUGCAGAGUCUGGAGGAAGUGGAACCAGCUGAGGGGGCAUCUCCCCCACCAAAGUCCACAGCAGAACCAGUUGCUGAGAAACAGGACUUAAGGCGGAAAACCAAGAAGGUGAAGAAGAAAUGUUUUUGGUGGAUCUGAGCUUGUUGGGACCAUUCUCUGCUCCCCAAAUACCUACCGAGGAGUGAGGUAGGGAAACCACUGCCCUCAGGCCUUUUCUACUUCUGAGCAAAGGCCUCAGGCUGUGAGCCACUUAACCUGAGAAACAGGAAAGACUUGGGCUGGUUCGCUGCUGCUGGACACCUGACCACCAACCUCACCUAAGAGAGGGCCACUGUUGCUGAGGACUUCACAGACCUUUGUGUGACCACUUGCCUAGUUCCCUGUCACACGUCCUGUUCCUAGGCCAACGUCCUGGUUUGUAAGUCUAGAUUCCAACCAUGAGCAAAGCCCCCAUUGCAUUUUCCAACACCUCCAUGAUGCUGAGCACUUCCUCCCCAUCCUGGGCUUGUCACUCCAAAAGAGAGAGAAAAAAAAUGUUGUGCAGAGCGGGAAGAUGGAGGAGAGUUAUAAACAGAUACUCCCCACACCCCAAAAAUAGAUGUAUAAUCUGGCAGUCUUCUAAGAUUUUGGCAUAUAUAAGCACAACAGAAGAGGGAAGGGCAUAAAAAUGCAAGACCUCCUGGUGGGUUGGGUCAUUUUCAUUUUUAAUUAGCCCCCUGAUCCCCAAACAAGGGUUUGUCGUCUCCUGCUGUGUGGGCCUUGCUGGCUGUGGCAGAGUGAGGUCACUGCAGGAUACAAAGAGCUUGGUAUGGCUCUCCUGCAGAUACAGCUGCUCCAGGGCCCACCUGACACCGUCAUGCUUCUCAUCCUGGGGCCUGAGAUCACUUAGCAAAUGGGUGGGGCUUGAAUUUUAAGAUUCCACCACUAAUUUCCCUGCAACAUUUGAGAUCAUAAGAUCCAGUAGCCUAUUUCAUCUCACCAAUAACAUAAAUUAAGGCCAAGAAAAAAAUGCAACAUUGGUUCUUGUGCAUUCAUCCCUGCAUCAGCCUUGUAGAUACGUUCAGAAGUAUAGCAAUCUACACCCUCUCCCUUCACAGUGACCAGGCAGUGGUCACCUGAUUGAAGAAGCCGCAGGAUGGGGAUGAGGAUAUAUUUUUUUCCCAUUUUAGUAUGAAAGAUGUUUCCUUCCCAAAGUCUGAAUUCUUUUAAAGUCUGGCUCAUUCUUUUGAUAAGACCCCCAUACAUAUGGGUCCAUUUAAACUUGCAUGGCUAAAAAAGCUACUAAAGUAACCUAAUUAAGUAAUUGCUACAUACUCUUGGAGAUGAGGGGUAAGUUGGCAAGACCCAUAGUCUCUCUUAUUAAAUUCUCUACCAGCCUGUGGUUAGAUUGAUGCUGCUUAGAAAAGGGAUCCUAAAGCUCUACAUGCAUUCUGUGAAAAAGGCAAUUUCAUGACCCUCUUUGCUAGAGAUGAGGCAUCUGAGUCAGAGUCCUUGCAGAGUGCAGCAUCCUGGCUGAACGUGGGAUGCACGCACCCCACUGCAAAUUGAGACUAAUUGAGCAAACCACUCCGACAGUCUCACCUUCCCCUGUCACAGUGCUGCAGUGCACAGAGCUAUUUCAGUGAGAGUGAGAUGGAAAUUUGGCAAGGAAUCUCAGCUUGCACUAUUUAAGUCUUGGAAUGUCAUUCAAAAUGUUCUUUGUUCUUUUUCUAGUGUAAUGUUUAAAACCACAAAAUGAGACCAGAAUAUAUAACGCUAAGUUGGAAUUAAGAUAAAUACACUUGUCAUACUUAAGAAGCUGCAUUUCAGUAAGAUACGUUACCACUGGCUAAAAGCCACAGAUCUUUCUGUAUCCACACAAUCAACUCUCAGUUGGCCCCAACAAUGAAAAAGAACAGCACAGAGGAUAAUCCAAUAAAGCAAAAUCAUUUGGGAUUUCUUAUAAAAUUUUAUCUUGUAAUAGAGCUUCCAUCUUAAUUUCUUUGCUUACGCUAAUUUUCAAAUUAAUUUACAUUCUCGGGCAGCAAGAUAGAAUGAAAUAAUCCUGUUCCCUGAAUUAAGAGACCUGGGCAACAGAACGGUUUAUUUCACUAACCUUUGGCAAACUGCUUAAGUUUUCAGGGCCUGUUUGUCCAUUCUCAAAUGGAGAUAAAAAUACCUACUCUACCCACUUUAUAAGCUCUGUGCAUGUUCCAACAUCAAACGAGCAGAAUGACCCAGAGCGGAGCUGGAUCGUUUGCCAGUUAGUCUGGAAUGAUGGAGGAGAGGUGGAGGUAACUCACACGAGCAGGAUAAUACAACUCUUGGAUAAUUAAGCUCACAUUUUCAUAUGCUUAUGUAGAGUUGGGGGCCUCAGAUAAAUCCCCAACUAAAUUAAGUGAAAUCAGGGUUGGAAAAUGUUGACAUUUCUAGAAACAAAACCAAAUGAGACUACAAUGAUUCUAUACCAAAGCACAACACAGCACCUGAAACUGGGAAGGAGGUCUCUUCUAAAAAUUGAACAUUUAAAAUUGUUAUGAGGUAAAUGGAUUCAGCAAAUACCACCCUAAACAAAAAUGAUCAUUUCUGUGUUUAAAAGCAACACACAUACACAUGUACCAAACCUCUAAACUUAUCUACUCAUGUGAAAAUUACUGCUUUGUAAAAUAUUAUGUAACAUCUACCAUGAUAUUCUACAGAAAUGCUGUACUUGAGGUGAUAUGGUUUUAUGGAGAGAUAUUAAUUUAGCAAAAAUUACUUUUGUAAAAGUGAAGGGUAAAAGACCAAUACAUCAACUUAAGUUGCAGGAGUUUAUGUAGCUGCUUUCUCUGUAGUUAAAAAAAAAAUGUGUACUCAAAUACUUGGAAAUUAAUACCAGCUCACCUAUAGAGCACCUUCUUAAAGACUACGUACUAAUGUAAGGUUUUGUAAA